UCCCGACGUCAUCAUCUAAGGUCCUGUAGUUUCCUGGGCUUUUUGACACCUAGCUGUUCCUGGUUGCGGUGUAACGUUACAGCGGGGACAUGGACCGCUUCUCCUGGUGCUCCGGCCUGCUGGAGAUAGACGAGACCCUGGUGAUCCAGCAGCGCGGAGUGCGCCUGUCAGAUGGGGAGGACAAGAGUAAGUUUGACAGCGGCACACUUCUCUUGACCACUCACAGGCUAAUUUGGAGAGACCAGAAAAAUCAUGAUUUCUGCGUUGCUGUUCCACUUUCUCAGAUUGUGUUCUCAGAAGAACAAGCGGGAGGGAUUGGAAAAAGUGCCAAAAUUGUAGUGCAUCUCCACCCUCCAUCUCCAAACAAAGAACCUGGACCAUACCAAACCAGCCGCUACUCCUAUGUCAAGUUAUCCUUCAGAGAGCAUGGUCAGAUUGAGUUCAAUCGCCGACUAUCAGAGGAGCUGACGCAGAAGAGGUGGCAGAGGGCAUCGCCCUCUAUUCAGAUGAGCAGAGGUCCUCAGACAGGGAGAAUAAAAGCUGUCGGGAUUGUGGGCAUUGAGCGGAAGCUGGAAGAGAAACGAAAAGAGACCGACAAGAACAUAUCCGAGGCCUUUGAAGACCUCAGCAAGCUGAUGGAAAAGGCCAAGGAAAUGGUGGAACUGUCCAGAUCCAUAGCGAACAAAAUCAAAGACAAACAAGGGGACAUCACAGAAGACGAGACAAUAAAGUUUAAAUCCUACCUGCUGAGCAUGGGCAUUGCCAAUCCAGUCACAAGAGAAACCCAUGGAUCUGGCACCCACUACCACAUGCAGCUGGCGAAACAGCUCGCCACAAUUUUACAGGUCCCAUUGGAGGAAAGAGGGGGCAUAAUGUCGCUUACAGAAGUAUACUGCCUAGUAAAUCGAGCCAGGGGCAUGGAGUUGCUUUCUCCGGAGGAUCUGGUGAACGCCUGCAAAAUGUUUGAAUCCCUGAAGCUUCCGCUGCGGCUUCGUAUUUUUGAUAGUGGGGUCAUGGUAAUUGAACAUCAGUCUCAUAACGAAGAGGAAAUGGUUGCUGCUGCUUUAGAAACGGUAUCUGAAAGGGGCUCACUGACGUCUGAGGAGUUCGCCAAGAUUGUCGGCAUGUCCGUUUUGUUGGCCAAAGAAAGAUUGCUUCUUGCCGAAAACAUGGGGCACCUCUGCCGGGAUGAUUCAGUUGAGGGGUUGCGCUUCUAUCCAAACCUGUUCUUGACUCAGACUUAGGCAUGUGCUGGAAUUACAUGUACAGCAGUGUCCCACUCAGCAGGGAGCGGUUCCUGCACAGGAGCUGCGGAAUUAUGAUUCAAAGAGGACCGGUAUGAUGUAGGCCGUAAACAAAGUGGAAAAGUCCUCCCCAUCUAUCUGUACAGCAGUAUACACAUACCUCAUAUGAUAAAGCAUUAACCAAUCAGUAAGAGAGAGUUAUUGAAAAUAGUGCACGGAAAAUGGAUUCAAUCUCCAACAACCAUUUAAUUUCGAAAGGGCUUCUUUAUCGCUCCCUUGCACUGGUUUUGAUAAAUGUUGCAUAAAUCAAUAGUACAAGAAACCAUACAAAGCUUUGUAAUAUAUCUUAUCAGAGAAAAUUGCCUUGUUUUUAGAGUUAUCAGCUGUUUCUUCCUCUCUCCCCUCUGCUUUCGAACAUAUCUUUGACUCUGAAAAUGAUGAAAUCCGUCUUGAGUCUGCUGCUCACUGAAAAAUCCGAUCACAUCAUCCUGUAUAAGUCUAUGGAGAGGGGACAGGGGGAUUGAGCAGUAACUAGGGAAUACAGGAGACCGGCACAACAAGAGAGACUGCACAGCUAAAUGGAUAACUUAUAUGGCAGGCCAAGUGCUAUGUUCACAUCCAUACAUUUCAGCACUUCUUUGUAACGUCCCCCAUGAUCCUGAUGCUGCGCCUAAGAUUUUACUCUACCAUGCAGUAGAUGGGAGCUAGUCUUCACUUACCAGGUCUGGGAAAAUUACAAACUAGAGACACAACAUGCAGAGGGGACAACUGCCAGAUACAAGUCAUAUAAUGGCCAGAAAUAUUAUUAUUCCUCAUGUGUACACACACACAAACACACACACACACACACACACACACUGUAUUACUGAUUAAUGCAAAGUUUGUUAAAAGUUUAGGUAUGCUUUAUAGUGAAUGUCCACCUUUUUAAAAGGGUUUUCUGAGACUUCUUUACUGAUGGCCUAUACUCUGGAUAGGUCAUCAGUAUCACAUUAGUGGGGUCUGACACCCAGGACCCGCACUGAUCAGCUGUUUGAGAAGGCACCGGCGCUGCCAGCUCACCAAGCACAUUGUAUAGCGGCUGUACUUGGUAUCGAACCUAGCCCUAUUCCCUUCAAUGGGGCUGAGCUUUAAGGGGACCUGUCAGCACAAAAUUUGCUUCAAAACCGCCAAGAACACCUUAACAGUCAUGGUUUCCUCAAUGGUUGUCUUAUAUGGUUCUUCUGUCUUCCUAAUGCAGCAAAAAUCAUCUUUAUUCACUGCUGCCGCUGUAUGCUAAUCUGCGGCUUAAAGUCAAGGAGGCUGGCACCUUCUUGUCUAAAAUCGAGGUUUCCCGCUCGCAAAUCCGGUCCUUUCCCCUUUUAAUGAUGUUUCUUAGCAGAGGCAGUGUCCUCCUCUGGCCUCUCCUUGCCUAUGCUAUUGAAUGUCAAUCAAGGGAGAAGGGGCAGUAUUUGGGUGCAGCAACCUUGACUUCAAACCGCUUAUUGGCUACAGUGGGAGCAGUGGAUAAAGGUGAUUUUCUUUGCAUUAAGAAGACAGAAAAAAAAAAAAACAUGUAAAAACACCAACGUGAGCCAACUGGUAAGGUUCUCUGGGUGGUUUGGAGGCCGAUAUCAUGCGGACCGGUUUCUCUUAAUGAUAAAAUUCAGUUUGCUUGCAGCCACCACUAGAGGGAGCUCACUGCUUACGGUUUUAUUAUUGUAUUCAAUGUAUAAACAAUAUGCAGUAGAACUCCCACAAUGCACUAAUAGAAUUCAGUCAGUAACUUUAGACCCGAAGGGGGAGUGAGUAAAAUUAGUUGCAGCUUUUAUAAGGCAAGUUAGGUUAACCCAUGGUGUAAGCACCUGCUUUAAUGUACACUUUUUUACUCUCUAUUCCUUGAAUAUCAGCAGUGGAACGCUUUUGCAUUUCUUCUUGGGCAUCUCAACCAACCAACCAGUACCCUGCUUUGUACUUUGAUGGGGCAAGAACCCCAAAACUGUCAACAAAUGGGUUUCUCUUCCUUUUGGAGGAGUCUCUGGUUUGGUUGACAUGAGCUAAUUUGCACACUUUCUCUACAUGGGACAAAUGAGUCUCCAUACACCCGAUGGCACUCUUCAAUGAGAACCAGUACUCCCACUCCUCUUGAGACCAUGAAAGACAUAUUUGACAGUUUCUCUUCUCGGCCCCUGUGUUGCUAACAAGCCUUAGGCUCGGGUAGUUACUCAUUGACUGGCGCUCUCUUUCAUUCACAUUGUUGUAAGGACUCGACAGACGGGCAGAACAGGUGUCUCUCCAAAACAUCCGGUCUUUUUCAGUGCUUUUCCUCUGAACAUUGUGCAUUUAUUUUGGAGGCACUUUAUGUAAAAUAUCAGCCAACUGCACCAUAAACGGUAGUUUCCUGAUGUAUUAUCAAUAGCAGGUUCUAUCCAGAGCUUAGACAAUUCCCUUUUCCCCUUAAAUCACUGCAGCAGUCUGUACCUGCUGUGUAAUAUAGGAGUUGUCCAGACUUAGAAAAGUGUUUUUUUGUUUUUUAUCCAUACAAACAGCGCCUCCUUUGUCCAUGGGUUGUGUCUGGUAUUGCAGCAGCAGACAUUUAGACUAUAAAGCUAGGGAGGAAUCUACAUUUGAUCUGUAUGUAAGCUGUUUCUUACCCGGGGGAAGAAGAUGAUGAGCAAUAGAUCUAUAUGGGAAGGGAAGCAUAGGAUGAUGAUUUGUAUUUUCCACAUUUUGUAUAUUGUACAUUUUAUCACCGCCAUCAUGGCUCAGUCCGUUACAUCCAUGUCUGAGAGCUUUUAUCUGUUUUAUCUUGGUUGCUUUGCUAUCCAUGUCUGUAAAGCAUAUUUUCUUAAUGCUGUGUAAUAAAGCAAUAUUUAAGAAAUCUA